UCGAGUAUUCCCUCUGGGAGAGUUCGUUGUCAAUCGUUGUAGCACUUUCAUUGGACCUGCCGUUCCUUCCCUCUUUCCUUCCUCCCCCAAAACAUCCACCAUCAAUUCUUUCAAGGCCACGCCUUUGCUCCAGCUUGAUACCCACCUCGACCACGGAAGCCUUGCAUUGAUUCGAAGUAAUCCUUUUUUUUCUUCUCUUUUCACGUACAGCAUUUUACGAGAGGCUCGAGAUAUUCUCUACCCUCUCAGCAAAUCAACUAUAUUUCGACUUCGACUUAACGCAUUGUCACUUCAAAGUUGCGAUCGAAGUCUUGUUCCUACACCAACAUGCCCUCACACGGGGCCACCGUGCCUCAACGGCAGCCAUACGAUCAUCGACAUGAUAACGAGAGAGAAGACUGGGAAGAAUGGGAAGAUGAAGAUGUGGUUACCCCAAUCAUGGACGAUGACCAAGAGCUCAUCAUGGACAAGACGGCCGCUCCCAGUCCCCUCAGACCAAACAAACCGGCUUCGACGAGAUAUUCGCAGCCUCGAUACUCAGUUCAAAAGCUGAGGCGCCUCAAGUCCCGCCAGCGGCAGAAGGCGCAGAAUGCCAAAGCAGGGAUCAAGGUGGUAACGGAUAUGGCAACAUUGCGACAGCAGCAACAGAGCCAACCGAGCCGGGUUCUUGAUCUCGAGCAGCCCAAGUUCGUCGACGCAGCAGCAUUGAGAGCCCUCGAGGGCUCGCCCAAUUCUACGUCAGUUGGCAACUGGAACUGGCUGAAGAUGAAGAAGUCGGACCCAAACGCAAAGUCUCCUCAAAGCGCCGGCCGCAGCCCACUGGAGCAGGACCUAUCCCCAAACGACCGUCCGAUUGUUAUUGGCAUCGCGUUGCCGUCUGAGAUGGCCGACAGAGAAAUUAGUCCUCAAACGGCCGUCAUUGAGACGCCGCACGACCUACCGCCGAAAUACACCAACAAGCCUACCAUGACGGGCAAGCCAGUCACUUUCACACCAUUGACUCCCUCACAGCAAAAGUCUGUGUGGAGUCCAGACACACCAGACACCACCUCUCCUUUCCAGUCACCACACCGCACUUCUAGCAUUUAUUCUCAAGCAACAGGCCUUGGAGUUGGAGUUGGUGCUGGUGUUGCUCAUGACGCUCCUCCUGUUCCUGUAGUGCCUUCUACCUACAAACAACAAGAAAGAGUAGUGAGCGUCGUUCUCAAGAACAGGGAUGACGAGGACGAUGAAGGAGGUAGCCCAUGCACCUUGUUUGAGGAGGAUGGGACAGCCACGAAUCGACAAAAGCCAACAAAGGCCAAGGAGGCAUCGAAGAGCCCAGACAGCGCGGCAACGCAGACUCGUGGUUGGUGGGAUCACAUUACGACACCCUUUCUAGAGAGGAAGAGUCCUGUUGUCCCACCUCAGAAGAGUGAAUCACAGCCAGUCAACUCAUCAUCGCAUGACGACUGGUGGAGUGAAAAGGGUGCCAGGAUUUCGAUCUCAGAAACAAAAGCCUUACAACCUACGGUAUUCAAGCCACAGGAAGUUCAGCAAGUUAUUGUUCAGGGACUAGGCCUUCCAGCAUCUCCAAGACCAUCACCACGCAAUAUAGAGGCCCCGAUAGUCAGAGUUCCCACUCCGAGAAGAACUCCAUCACCACUCAUGGACCGACGGGAUUCUUCACCUGCAUCGUCUUCUCGGUCAGCUACUCCUCGACUGCAACCCCGGUCAGAGAAAACACAUCUUGCCGAACCCAGCCCAGCUCCCUCAGAGCAGCCGCCCCCAUACUCUCCUCCUCCGCAACAGAAGGCCGUCAGAUAUCGAGCUGUCUUUCCCGCAGGGCACCCAUUGCAGUCACUUUACCCCCCAUCUCCGGGACCAAUCUCGCCAGCCAUUAAUGGGACAAUGAGUUCUCAAGGUGGCAUCAACAUGACCGACAUACCCUUGACACCAGCGCCGGGAGGCAACAGCCCUGCUCCUGGACAACAAGGUCGUCUUCCAGAACGAUUUGCUGGCACAUUUGUGCCACCGGAACAUUUCCUUGCAGCCGAAGGAAAUGGCCAUCGCGUUGAGCGGCAGCUUCGUCGCCACGAAAAGGAGGAAAUUGCAGCUCGCAAAGCUGGAGGUUUCUGGAAAGGCCGUGGGUGCAUCCCCGCGAGUGGAUGCUAUGGUCGCAGCGGUCGUGAAGGCCGAAAGAGAAGACGCGUGUGCCUUGGUGUAUGCGGAGCCAGUCUUUUCCUCAGCAUUCUCAUCAUUGUUCUCUGUGUUACCCUCAUCCCGCGAAACCACGUAUCUGCGCCAGUCGACAGCAUCUUUCUCAAUCUCACAAACUUCCCUCCGAUGCCAACUGGAGUUCUCUCAGUUGUUAGCCCAGACAACACCGCCGCCGUCACUGGCUGCAGCAGCCCUUCGACUGUUUGGAGCUGUGCACUUCCCAAGGAAGAUCAGGAAUCUGUGGCCCCCAACCGUCCCAACCAGCCGACUUUCACCAUGCAGAUCCAGUGGGAUAACAACACCCGCAAUCUGUGGAAUGUGCCCAAUGGUGAACCUCCUCGGCCUGGAUCUACAUCUAGGAAGCGGCAAUUGAACCUUGGCGGUAUCAUAGCCAGGGCUGGGGCAAUUAUCAAAAGACAGAACCCAGUAUUCACCCCCAACCCAGCCCCCCCUUCCUUUGAGGAAAUGUAUUUUCUCGGAAAUACGACAGACAGCAUUCUGUCUGAUGAUAAAGCCGGCGAGCCGACUCCGUUUUAUCUCAGCAUCCUCAAAUCCGCCAGUGAGACUGUCAGCCCUUACGCCCUGGGUAAGCGUCAGAGCUCAAGGAACUCGACAGAUGAUUUUGGCAUUACGCUGCCGGCCCCAGACCUUGAAACAGACGGCACCGGAGCCCCUGCCCAGCUUUUCCCACACGCCAUUCAGCAGCCCGUUCGACUGUAUGACCGUGGCCUCCCAACGGAGCACUACGGUUUCUACACCUACUUCAAGCGCACCAUCUACCUCAAGUCUGUCACCACCCUCAACGGGACUGAAGGCGAGAGCAACGUGCCGCUCGACAAGGACGGCGGAUCUCGCAGGAGCGAGGCCAAGUUCCUCGUGACGUGGUCUCAGACACGUUUCCUCGUCCAGAUCUGGACCCGCUCGGCGAACACCACACAGCUACUCGCCGCGCCUGGCACCAUGCCGUACCCCGUCACGAUCAAGACGGAUACUCACGGCGGCGAGUCGGGCGAGAAGUUCGUGUGGCACUGGCCCGUCAAUGAUCGCCAGGGCAUCGACACGAGUACACCGAAGCUUCUUCCCAAUGAUAUAGGCUUUGGAGGAACGACCGUGAACCCGCGGAAGGAUAAGAAUGCUUCCUUUGGCGGUUUCGACGGUGGCACCGGCGGCUGCCGGUGCGAGUGGGUUAAUUUCAUUGCUAGGAGGGACAGCGGUAACUAAAGACAAUGAGUACUUCACAAGUAACCAUGGUAUUCGAACGUCGGUAUGGGUAUAAGAGCCGACUUGUAUAGGGAUACGAACAAGAUCAUGGAGUUAGAAACGGGAAAUAUUAGCAUUAUGAGCAUCACUACAUUGCAUGGAUGGUACACGGGAGGAAAAGUAUUUCAAGAAUGCAUGGCAGCUAGAAUCUGCCCAGUAUCUUAAUCAAUGAACUAUUCCAAGAAACUCAUGUAUCGGAAAU